GAUCAUAGUGUACGGAUUGCGUUACUCUGCCAGCAAGGUUGAUGUUCUAGUUGGCGAACCUGAUAGCGGCAGCGUUUGUGCACAUGUAGGAUUAGGUGGAAAUUUGAACCUACCAAGAAUGUACUGUAUGUUUAUUUUCAUUUUUGCAAUUUCAGUAAAUGCAAAUUUUGACAAUACUUGCACAAGUGACAUAGAAUGCAGAGGUCCGCAAAGUGAAUACACAUCUAUCUAUUCGAAAGAAACAAACAAAUACUUGAAACUAAUUCAGGAUGCAGUUUCUGAAUUCAAACCGUGUUCUCAAGAAAACUGCAGUUGCCAUUCUUCAGUAAUUGCAAAAGAUUUGUUGCCUUUCAAGUAUGGAAUCACAAAGGACAUGAUUAAUUCUGUAAAGGACAAAGGUACCAGAUACCAAAUCAUAAAUCAUCAUCUUUAUCGUGAUGUGGACUGUAUGUUUCCAGCACGCUGUGCUGGAGUGGAACACUUUAUUAUCCCGUUGCUAUCAAAACUCCCAGAUAUGGAAUUUGUUAUUAACAUGCGUGAUUGGCCACAAAUCAGUAAGCAUUUUGGCCCUCCAAAACCCGUGUUUUCAUUUAGCAAGACAAGUGACUAUUUUGACAUUAUGUACCCGGCAUGGGGAUUCUGGGAAGGAGGACCUGCCAUCAAGUUAUAUCCUCAAGGUCUGGGUCGUUGGGAUCUGCAUCGUACCUCACUCAAAGCUGCAGCAGACAAGUGGCCUUGGGAACGCAAAAGACCAGUGGCUUUCUUCCGUGGUUCUCGGACAAGUAGUGAGAGAGAUUCCCUGGUUCUUUUGUCUAGAGAUCAGCCAGACUUAGUGGAUGCAAAAUACACCAAGAACCAGGCAUGGAAGUCUGAUUCAGAUACUUUGUAUGCAGCCCCAGCAGAUGAAGUGUCAUUAGAAGACCAUUGCAAAUAUCGUUAUUUGUUCAAUUUCCGUGGUGUUGCCGCUAGUUUCCGUUUGAAGCAUCUUUUCUUGUGCCACUCUUUGGUGUUUCAUGUUGGUGAUGAAUGGCUUGAGUUUUUCUACCCUGCCUUACGCCAGUGGGUUCAUUACAUUCCAGUCAAAAGCAAUGCUACUAAAGGAGAUAUUCGAGAGUUGCUGGAGUUUGUAUCCCACAAUGAUGACAAAGCUCGAGAAAUAGCUGAUAGAGGUCGUGACAUGAUACUCAGUCACCUGCGAAUGAAAGAUGUUUCAUGUUAUUGGAAGAAGCUGCUGAAAAGAUAUGCAAAACUACUACAAUUUAAACCAGAGCGAGAUAAGAGUUUAGUUGAGAGAGAUUCUUCGUGAGUGAUUUCUGAACACAGUUCGUGUGCUUGUGAGAAAAAUGUGCAGCAAAUAUUAAGGAAGAAAUGUACCAUUAGUAUGUCCCUACUGUGAAGCAUAUUCCAGUGUGCAGCAGAGUGUUAUGUUUAUUCAAAACAUUUACAUGAUCUGUAGACAUCCAUCAUACUAAAAUCUAGAUUCAUCAACUUUCUAAAAGUAGCUUAUCAUACAAAAAUAUACAGAUAUCAUACACUUGUUCUGACUGUGAUAUUAUAUUUUAUUUUAUCAUUUAUGUAAUAUAGGUAUGUUUAGAAUAUGUAAGUAAAUGUUUAAUAUAUAAUAUACAGUAUAUCUGCCAAUCACAACUUUGUUUUCAAUAUCAAUUUUAAAAUGUUAUCACGCUACAUGUUCCGGUCUUUCAACCAUCAUCAGGAGUUUCUAAUUAGUAAAAUUGUGUCAUUAAUCAUUACUGAACUGCUCACACGAUGGAUCUGUUACUAGUGGUCUUCUCACGUAAGUACAAACAAUGCAUAUAAGUACAGUAGAACUUGGUUAUAACGUCAUCAAAGGGACCUAAAAAUAGUGUCGUUAUAAACGAAUGUC